CAAGACACUUUGAGAUUUUGCCGGUUGGGGCCUGAGGGGAAUAAUUUGCUUGUUUACAUUUCAUAGCUCAUACUACUACUUCCUCACUCGAGAGACCUCCAACUCUUUAACUCCCCUAUCAAUGGCGUCGGAAUCCAUGGAAAUCGCCAUUUGAGCUCUUCAAACUCAACACCAUCAUCCUCACCAUGGAAACCAGCAGAAGAGACAACAACAAUGGCGGAGCUGUCGCCUCUUCGCCAUCACCGCCGCUCCAAAAGCCUGCAAAGUUCGCCGUAUAUCAAAAUCCAGCUCUUUCCGCCGCCCUUACUUCCACCAGUCUCCGCCCUUCCUCCUCCUAUUUCUUUACUCUCUUCUUCAUCUCCUCUGCUUCCGCCUUUGCUUUCUUCGCCUUCUCUUCUAGGGAACAUAGGGUCAUUGACAAAUUUAAAGUCAGCAAUGUUUCUGAAGAGAUAGCUUAUCUAUUAAUCAAGUUAGCGAAGAUUGUGAUGGGUUUAACUUUCAUAGGAGCUUCUGCUGCCCUUGCCAAAGCUAUUGCCUUUUCAACAGCUAAAGUUGGAGCUGGUGUUGUAGUCACAUCUUCCUCUAAUGGGACCAAGGUUGAAACUUGCCUUUCAGGUCAUCAAUUGCGGCUUUUAGGAGUAAAAAAAUUGGAUACGGCUGUACCAGAGCAGUCCAAAAAACCACCUGUGUCCAAACCACGAGCUGCUUUAGAUCCACUCAUCCCUCUUCACCAGUCAUCGUUUAGCUCUAGUCGUUUAUCUCGAGUUGGUUCUGAAAAGUCUAGCAGUACUGCUCUUAAAAGUAAAAUUUUUGUUGUCCCUUCAAAGCAAUCCAAUUCUCCUACUCAUGCUGUUUCUCCUUCCUCACCCCAGCUGUCAUCAGCUAAGACUUCAACUGGUUUGGAUCAGUUGGUUUCAACACCUUGGUCAAACAAGCGAGCUUCUCCCGCUAGAGAAAUUUUAACUGAAGACGAACUUGAACACUUUCUAGCAGACGUGGACAAGAAAAUCACUGAAUCAGCCGAAAAACUGGCAACUCCUCCUCCUACUAGGAGUGGUUUCAGUAUAAGCAGUCCUAGUACAAUUUCUGGUUCAGCUAAUACAUCUGGAACAACGAGAACAACACCCUUGAGACCUGUUCGGAUGUCACCCAGUUCACAGAAGUUUAAUACUCCUCCGAAAAAAGGAGAGGCUGAUAUACCUACUCCUUUAUCAAUGGAAGAGAUGACUGAAGCUUUUGAGCAUCUAGGCAUCUAUCCGCAGAUUGAGGGGUGGAGAGACCAUCUGCGGCAAUGGUUUUCUUCUGUUUUACUAACCCCUCUACUGAGUAAAAUUGAAAAUAGUCACAACAAGAGAUUGUAUGCAUCAUGCCCGGUGUUCAUGCGGUCUUGCUUUCAAUUGUCUUUCUUGGGGGUAAUGCAAGCAGCUGCUAAAUUAGGAAUAUCAAUCACAGUGACUUCAGUAGGUAGUGAUUCUUCUGGUGCUGAAGCUCCUAGGAUGUCUCCGUUAGAUCGUGCUAAGGAAUGGCAGCCUGCAUUUUCUACAGAUGAAGAUGGGCUUCUUCACCAGCUACGAGCUUACCUUGUGCAAGCUUUAGAUUCAUCUACUCAGAAUGUGGGUACUGCCAAUCAGCUACAAAUCCCACAGCAGAAUGCAUUUCUUCCUACCAUACAGGAGUGUGUGGAUGCCAUCACCGAGCACCAAAGGCUGCUUGCUUUGACAAAGGGAGAGUUAAUCAAAGGUUUGCUACCGCAAAGUAGUGUUCCAGCUGAAUAUACAGUGCGAAGAAUUAAGGAACUAGCUGAAGGAACUUGCUUGAGGAAUUACGAGUACAUGCGAAAAGAAGAGGCAUCUGAUAAAGCAAAGAAAUGGACUAUUGAGCUUCCAUCUGACUCACAUUUGCUGUUAUAUCUAUUUUGUGCUUUCCUGGAGUAUCCAAAAUGGAUGUUACAUGUUGAUCCAUCAUCCUAUUCUGGAGCUCUGUCUAGCAAAAAUCCUUUAUUCCUGGGAGUUCUGCCUCCUAAAGAAAGGUUUCCAGAGAAGUAUGUAGCUGUAUUAUCAGUUGUCCCCUCAAUACUCCAUCCUGGAUCCUGUGUCCUAGUUAUUGGAAGACAAUGCCCUCCAGUAUUUGUGAUGUAUUGGGAUAAGAAGUUGCAGUUCUGUCUUCAGGGGAGAACCGCACUAUGGGAUUCUAUCUUGCUUCUUUGUCACAGGAUAAAGGUUGCGUAUGGUGGGCUUGUUCGUGGUGUACAUCUUGGCUCUACUGCACUAAACAUCCUGCCACUUCUGGAAUCAGAAGACGAUGAUUGAAUUUUGUUACGGCCUUUGUUCAAUACAUUAUGAAGCCCCUCUCCCUAAUGUUUACAUUGUUUUACAUCUAACUGAUGGAGUAGUUUAGGCAUUGUAGUGAGAGUUGUUUUGAGCAGGCACUAGACUGCAUGAUUGUUGCUUUUGGGGCUAUUCUUUGCCCUAGGCCACAUUAUUGUAAAACGACUGGUUUACAUCUGACCUAGUUCAUUAGGGGAUCGUACUUUGGGCCUUCUAGUUAGUAUGAUAAUUGCUAAUUAUUGUGAUAAGAUGAUUAUGGGGUUUACAUCUGACCUAUUUCUUUAGGGGACCGUACGUUGGGUCUUCUUGUUAGUAAGAUAAUUGCAAAUAUUGGUGUGAUCAUAUGAUUAUGCUAAUCUAGGUCUGUUUUGACUACCUUCUUUGCCCCUCCUCUCUUAGGAGCAGAUUGUUGCUGUGAUGGACGUAAUUUUGCCUUUCUAGAUAUGUGUUUGAAUAACAAAGGAUUAAUUGAA